CCCGCCAUCCCUCCCCGCCGCUGACAGACCGACAAAUCCCUCCCGGUGCUCCAACCCCCCGCCGCCACCUGCCCCCCUCCGCCACCUCCUCCAUCUCCUUCCCCGCCAGCCAUGAUCCGUGGCGGGCUAAUUCCCAGACGGUCGUCCUCUCGCGCUUCUCCUCCUGGCGGGCCCGGAAAGUAAACAAAAGGCGCGGGCGGCGGCCAUGUCGGGCAUGACGAGCGGCGUUUGCGUGGAGAGCGACCUGUCGUCCGUGCUGCAGCGAAGCUCCGCCUCCUCGCACCACCACCCCAAUCACCACGGUUACGGCGGGCAGGGCCAGGUUUCCACACUGGCGCCCAUGCUGGACUACAGCAGCGAGAUGGACCGCUACCGCUCGUCCAUCGCCAGUUUCUACAAGACCAACGUGGACGUGGGCAACUUCCCGCCGUCGGCCAAGCUGGCGGCGCGCUUGGCGGCCGCCGCUCCCAUCUUCCCCCCCGCCGCCACCAGACUGGGCGCCGUGGCCACGACGCCCUGGGGGUGCCACGACAACGUCAACCACCCGGCGGCCGUUUUCUGGGGCCGGCCCAAACCCGCCGGCGCCGCGCACCACCACCGGCACCAUCCGGCGACGCCCGCGCACGUGACGCCCUCGCACCCCCACGGAAGCGGCAUGCACCAGGGCGGCGGCGCCGAGGACGGGGGUCGGACCGAUAAACACUCUCCCGCCUCGCUUCCCGUCACCCAAGCGGCGCACCACCACCCCGUGGCGCCCGGUAACGCCAACUUCCUGCCCGGCUACGGCGGUGGGGGCGACUGCGGCGCGGGCAAGCAGGGACACGGCCACCCGGACGCGAUGGGCCUAUCGGAGGGCGGCGGCUGCAACGGGGGCGGGGUUCUGGGAAGCGGCUUCCUGGGAGGGCUGGGCCUACCCCCGGGCGUUAUCGUCAUGGCCAUGGGUUCGACGGCGGGCGGCGCGCCCGACGCCGGCAGCGCUUUCCAGAUGACGGGCGGCCAGCGGGGGCCCGCGGACUGCCAGCAGCACGCCGGCUCCUCGCCCUGCCCCUCCUCGUCCUCGCCCUCGUCGUCAGGGGUGGCGACGGGGGUCCUGUCGCCCCCCUCGUCCUCGUCUUCCUCCAAGAGGAAGCGCAAGCGCUGCGGCGUGUGCGGGCCCUGCCGGCGGCUCAUCAACUGCGGCGUGUGCUCGUCCUGCCGCAACAGGAAGACGGGCCACCAGAUCUGCAAGUUCAGGAAGUGCGAGGAGCUCAAGAAGAAGCCGGGGGGCGGCGGGGGCACACCGCUUGAGAGACCGCCAUCCGUCCCGACGGGCGAGGCCUUCCGAUGGUUCUUCUAAAACCGGAACGGACCGAGGACAGUUCGGACGGUCGGCCAAUCCGUGUAUCGUUCCUUCAUUCUCCAAAAGAAAAAGGCAAAGAGACUAUUUUUUGGUUUGAAUCCGAAGGGCAAAACAUCAGAUUUUUUCGUAUUUCAAAUUCAGGCUCGGAAAAUACAAAACUGGAUCGAGAUGCGAACCCAAGGUUUUAUUCCUUGCGAAUAGAAUUACGUUUUAGCCUUGUCGCGUUGAGUUUAAACGCACGGUCGAAAAACGACAUUAAAAUCAGGGUGUCCCUCAUCCGGUCAGGAGGUCGUUUUCAAGAGACCGGGUGCGGUUUUCGAAGAUGUAUUUAUUGGACGGAUAUUGCCAAAAGAAACGAAAAUACCGACAGACGCGGCUGAAAAACGGGGCCUUCGGAAGGCCAACCUUUCGGCAGCCCUCGCGGCAAACUAACGCUAAAGAGCGCGGUGUACAAAUGAUCCUCUCCGCAGUGAGGAAAUGACGUUUGAACGCGCUUGUGGAGAUAGCGGAUCGGGCUCUGCAUCGGUAGAUUCUCAAAAUUGGGCGAAUGGGGGUCUAAUGCAAAAAUAGGUGAUUUAGUUCAGUUGUACCUCUCCAAGUUGAAAACUGAGCAGUAUCUUAGCUUUGAACGCUAACUGUACGACCCACAAAUCUUCUUUCACAUACAACUAGAAGGAGACAAACACACUUUGAGAAUCUCCGCCUUGGCGUGUACGACCGCGAUCCGACGACAACUUUUCAACUCGAGCCUCAAAUUGUCAUCGAAAAAAUCUUGAAUUGAAAAAUUGUGAUUUUUAUGGGGCGAAAAGAACUCGCCGGUCCUUUUGUCAUUUUUUGGGAUUCAGCGCCGAGAACGAACGCCGCGCAGAUUCGGUAGCUCGGAGGGCGAACCCGCCGCGGGGGACGGCGCUCGUCGACUCCGUUUGCGUGUCACGUGUGAGAAAGGACUACAAGUUUCCUCAGGAGGACUACGAGGACCGUCAAAACUCUCGACGGCCAAAAGGACGAGGGAGCCGAUUGCAUCAUCCCGCGCCAGCUCGGCAGAAUGCCGGUCGUCCUUGACGACGGAGCGCCUUGUUGCUUAGCGACUGCUAACAAUGGACCCGCGCCGGUGCGCGGCAAUGUGGGCGUGGCGAGCAAACGCGCGAUGACGGAUGCCCGAAGCUGUUUAUGACAUGACUCGGGGCGCUUGUCGGCCGCCGUUGACGGCGCCAGACGCCUCGUUCGCUUUGAUCGGGGGACGGAUCUCCCAGAUUGGACCUCCUUUGCCGUCGAUGGCGCUACGUAUUCACAUGGAUGUCUAUCAUUGGAACUGGCAGGCAAUGAGUUAAAUACUAUGAGUUUAAAAAAACGGUGCCAUAACCAGGGUGUAUUUCUUAUUUUAUUCAAUGAAAUUGGUUUAUCUUUUUUUUUUUUUUUUUUGGUGUACUCAUAAAAAAAAAAAAAAAAAAAUACUCAUUAAAAACCUGGCGUCCACACAAUAUGUGCAAUGUGAUGGCGACGCCAGGUCUUUAAGGCAGUGGUCUCCAAACUAUUCUACAUAGGGCCGUGGGUGCAGGAUUUCAUUCCAACAAAACAAGACCACACCUUUUCACCAAUCUGGUGUUUUAUAAGUGUCAUCAGUUGAUUUCAGUCAGGUUUUAGUAGAAACCACAUUAGUUAAAAGGUCUGCGCUUGAAUGGUAUGAAUAAAGACCAGGACCCACAGUGGCCCUC